CGCGUCCCCCCUCCAGCAACCAACCAACAACUUGUCUCCCCCCUCCAGUAACCACAAAGAUGUACGGCGACCUCUCCCAAACCCUCAUCGCGCACGCGAAGCGGACAUUGAGCCUAUCCUACCUCCCCCCCUACCAGUCUGAGAUCGUCCGCUCGAUCACGCGCGAAGUCCGCGACCUCGACCGCGACGUGACCAGCAUUCUUGCUCCCUUCACCGACGCUGGCGGAUUCGACCCCGCCGCCAGCCCGGCUACAGCGUACACGCUGCUCGUACACCAUCUGUGUAUGCGCCGGAAUAAACGGUGUCUGCUGGCGUAUCAUAAAGUUAGGGUCGAGAGGAUUGAGGGGGUUUGUUGGAGUGGGGGGGGUGCUGGGGGGGAGGGGGGCGGGAUGUGGGGUGGGGACGGGGGGGAGGGCGAGGCGCAGGGCGAUAGGCUUUCCCCCGAGGAGGAGGAGUAUGCGCGUGGGUAUGCGGACUUGCUGGCUGCGGCGAAGGGGAGGUGGACGGAUGUGGAUCUUACGGGCAGUCUGGAGCCCCCCAGGGAUCUGUUUGUGGAUGUUAGGGUCCUGAAGGACGCGGGUGAGAUUCAGACUGAGUAUGGCGCGAUCAAUUUGACGAAGAAUUCCCAGUUCUUUGUCAGGCAGGGCGAUGUCGAGAGGUUGAUCCAGCAGGGGUUCUUGCAGAAGCUCAGUUGAGGGAAGGGAAGGGAGG